GGCGGGGAGAGGAGGAGGUGUAAGGCGGGAGGAUGUGAGCGGGCGGCGCUGAGAGGCUUUUGCGGGCAGGGAAGAGCCUGAGCGGCCGGGCACGGAUUGACCCUGCGAUUGGAGAGCCCCGCGCCUUGCCAGCCUGCCUGCCCGCCCGGGGAACGACGCCUGAGGUGUUGUAGGGGCAAACGCCCUCCUCCUCCCCCCCCCACUGUCGCCGCAGCAGCCCGCGCUGUGCCCCCGCUGCUGCAGAGAGGGGCGCGAGGGGGCUCUGCUGCUAUCGACGCGGUUACCACCGCCACUCCUCCCUUUUCUCCUCCCGCCUCGCUGCUGCUGCUGCUGUGAAUGAUUGAUCUGCUAGCUCCAAGCCGGAGGAAGAUGCUCUCCCGCUGCAGAAACAGGCGUGCCUGAAGGGGGACCCGCCACAGCUCCUGCUGCUGCCUUUCCCCCUUUAGCCCCCCACGUCUUCAUCAUCCCGCCCUUGCAAGGGAUGCGCGGCCGGUGCCCUGCCUCAGCCGCCGUUUUACCGGAGCCCGAUGUCAGCGCCGGCGAAACGGCUUCUUCCUCCGCCGCCACCGCCUCCCGCUGCUGCUGCCGCCGUCGCCGCUGCUUGGGAAAAUGAAGCGACACCCCCCAUUCUGCUGCUGCUGCUGCCGGCGGGGGUGUUAGAAGGAAGGGCGGCGCGGAGCGCUGCGCACACCGCAAGCCCCCCAAUCCCGCUCUGCACCUGAGACGGACGGCGAUCCGGGGCUCUCGCCGCUCCAGGGCAUUUCUAUUAACUGCCGACGGCGUAAGCGCUGCUGUGGGGUUUCUAAUCCCCCCACCUCCUCCCUGCAGAAGGAGAGUUGGCUUGGUGCUGCUGCUUCUAUCUCCUGUCCGCCGCCUCCUGGCAGGGAGCUGGAGCUGCCCCUGGACCCCGUGGUGCAGGGGGUGCGGAGGAGACUGGCUCCGGGAGGCUAUGGGGGAGAUUCCCCUCGGGCCGACUCCCUAGCCAGACUCUCUGUCUUCUCUACAUAAGGGUUCCCCCCACCCCACCUCCGGCCACGCUCCCACAUGCCUGUAGACUCUAGCGUUUAAAAUUCUGCUGAGAAGGAUUAUAGGGCCCCGUGGAUUUCGUGGAAACACCUGGGAUCUACUACAGGAAAAGGCAGAAAACCAGACCGAGAGGAGUGUCAGCACUGCUAACUAGCUGGGGUCCAGUUGCCGCGUUGUAAAAGUGCAAGGCAAAUCCAUUUAGGAAUUGGUCUGCUUAAACGACUCACAUAGCACGUCUCCAUUGGUCAUCAUGGGGGAGCAACCCAUCUACAGCACCCGAGCUCAUGUCUUCCAGAUUGACCCUAACACGAAGAAGAACUGGGUUCCCACCAGCAAGCAUGCUGUUACUGUGUCCUACUUCUAUGACAGCACAAGAAAUGUCUAUAGGAUAAUCAGCUUGGAUGGCUCAAAGGCAAUAAUAAACAGCACCAUCACUCCCAACAUGACAUUCACUAAAACAUCACAGAAGUUUGGUCAGUGGGCAGAUAGCAGAGCAAAUACUGUUUAUGGCUUGGGAUUUUCCUCUGAACACCAUCUCUCAAAAUUUGCAGAAAAAUUUCAGGAAUUUAAAGAAGCUGCACGACUAGCUAAGGAAAAAUCCCAAGAAAAGAUGGAAUUAACAAGUACACCCUCACAGGAAUCUGCAGGAGGUGAUAUUCAAUCUCCUCUUACACCUGAGAGUAUUAAUGGAACAGAUGAUGAAAGAACAACCCCAGAAGUGACGCAAAACUCAGAACCAAGGGCUGAACCAACCCAGAAUGCAUUACCAUUUGCGCAUAGUUCAGCAAUCGGCAAGCAUUGGGAGGCAGAACUUGCAACACUCAAGGGUAACAAUGCCAAGCUUACAGCAGCUCUGCUCGAGUCCACUGCCAACGUAAAACAAUGGAAACAACAGCUUGCUGCAUAUCAAGAGGAAGCAGAACGUCUACAUAAGCGGGUGACUGAGCUGGAGUGUGUUAGUAGUCAAGCAAGUGCGGUCCACACACAUAAAACAGAAUUAAACCAGACAAUACAAGAAUUAGAGGCAACGCUGAAGAAAAAGGAAGAGGAAAUAGAAAAAUUGAGACAAGAAAUUGACAAUGCCAGAGAACUUCAGGCACAGAGGGACUCUUUAACUCAGAAGUUACAAGAAGUGGAAGUUCGAAACAAGGACCUAGAAGGACAACUGUCUGAUCUAGAGCAGCGUCUGGAGAAAAGUCAGAAUGAACAAGAAGCUUUUCGCAAUAACUUGAAAACACUUUUAGAAAUUCUUGAUGGCAAAAUCUUUGAACUAACAGAACUACGAGAUAACCUGGCCAAGCUAAUAGAAUGCAGCUAAAGAAAACGGGAUCUCAGUGCCAACCUUCUUAAAGAUGCACUGUCUCUCUUCAUAGGACUUUGUUGGGCUCUGCAUCAAAGUUGCACAAAAUUAGAAAAAUGCUCCUCCAGGAGGGCCUGUUUUAAAUUUUCAACAAUAUAUUUCAGUGUAAAAUUUUAGAAUUCAGCUUGUAGCUAGUUGGGGAAAAAUAAUAACUUGAACUACAAAUUACCUCCUUGUAUAUAAUUGGCCAUAGAUAGCUCGAAAGAUAUUAACAGUAAUUGAAUGCAAUCCUUUUCUAUUAUUAGCCAGUGAAAUAAUAAGAAGUGCCCCAAAUGGCAUCCCUUUUAGUGUUAGACACAAUGUAGAUGAUCUGUCUUAUUUUGUUUUUAUUUUGUUUUGUUGGUUAAGACACUUAAUUGCUGUGUUUUGUGCAAGAACUUUGCGAUGACAGCCCUCUCUUUUGUUGUAAUCUUAAUAAUUUCUCAGGGUAUUUUGCACUGUUAAGAAAUAGUGCAUUACCAAUUAAUUCUUGCCAGGAGUGAGAGAGAGUUGCAUCUUUAAUUCAUACCUAGUGAGUAACUGCGUGUAUAGAGUUCUUCCCUUUUUAUACUGGAAGAGACUGUAUUUAUUUAUGAUGUUCACUCUGGUGUUCACUAAUAUUGUCCAGUGUAUGGUUUACUUUUCUCUAUUUAAGUUCAUGUAUGUAGAAGUUCUGUGUUCCAUUUUGAAGCCUAUCUAUGAAGACAGGUGAGUCCCUGAAAAGUAGUUUCAAAUUUGCUAUAUACAGAUAAGUAUCAAUCUAGUCUUAUUUAUUAAUACCACAUAUGUUUAAUAUUCACUGUUACCAACAUAUGUUUUAAUAAUUCUUUUAACCAAAACGUCUUCAGAGUAAUCAGUGCAGCUUGUUAAUAUUGUGGAUAUACAGCAAUUGCCAGGGCGUUUUCUUUACGUUGAACUUGCUCAGUCAAAGAAACUGUAUAAUCACAGGAAAUUGGAGAUCUUUUCCCUCCUCUUUGGACCUUCACAUCACAUGUUUAUCAAAACCACACCAGGCAAUAUUCUGAAUUUCAAAACAGGAAUUGAAUUCAGUUAUCCUCAGUGAACAUGUUUUUAAGUUGUUUUGAUGUGAUUUACAAAGACUUUUUGCCAAACAUGUAUUUCUUUAUAUAUUUUUUAUUUUAAAGGGGGGGAAAUGAAAGGUAAGCCAAGUGUCACAUGUCUGCUUACUGAACGGGAGUUCCAUUAUGGGACAAUCUUGCUGUAAAUUGUCUAAUAUUGGAGAGGAUUUUUAAAAUGAAUGGGGGGGGGGGAAUCAAACACAAUGAUGCACUGACCUUUUCUUUACACCCAAAUUAAUUUGAAUGUUAAAUGCAAAAUCCAGCUUGAAUAUAAACUCUGUACAAUAGACAAUUUUUUUUCCACUUAAGGACUGCUAUUCAAAACUAGAUAAUAUAAGUCGGGUUUUUAUGUGUGUACUGUAUGUAUAUACUGUAUAAUACACGCAUUCUAAUUUGUAUUCAAAGUGGGAGAAAUACAUGGUGGGUUAAUUUAUAAAAUGCCAUUUUCUUUAUCUGUAAUUUAACAGGUGUCUCCUGAAAUGUCAGGAUUACUGUUUAGCCAACAGUAAAUUAUCAUGUAUUAUACUGUAUGUACUGUACACAUCGUUUGAGUUUCAUCCAUAUUUUAGAGUAGUCUGCCACUUAUUUUAUUUAUUACUGGAGAAAAUAUUUGUUCAUUGCAUUCAUAGGUAAAAGCUUUCUAUGGUGAUUUUUUUUUAUAUAGCUAGAUGUUAACGAUGUGUAACUUUAUCAGGUCCAGGACAGUAGUGAUUACCUGAUUUUAAUUUACCUGGAGAAGUUUGUACCUGAUUCUCUUGCUAUAUGAGUGUCAAUUGGAAACAUCUUCAGAAAAGUAUAAAAUUGGUGUAAUUGUAGGAGGAAUGAAGUAUGUUCAUGAGUGUUAUUAAUUAUAACAAGUUAGAACAGAAAUUUGAUGGCAAAAAAAAUGUAACAUUAUUUUUAAUGAGAUCAAAAUUUUUAAUACAAUGACAUUUACAUGUGGGAAAAUAGUUUACAAAAUAUUUCCACUGAAAUGCUGUGUAUAUGUGUGGUACAAGAAAUUUAUUUGUAUAUGUACACAUACACACACAUGUAUAUACAGUACAUGGAAAAAUUUAAAUGUGCACAUUUUUAAUAUUUUCCUAUUGAAAUUAAAUUUGAAAAUUGGAAAUCAAUAUUUGAGAAUUUCUUUUCUCAUGUAUAUUAAGAUGCUUGACUUUGGGUUCUUUUGUUUGUAAAAAUAAAAUCUAUGAGGGCUGCACCAUUGAACUCCCAAAA